AAGGGUUCCAGAUGUUGCUGUACGGGUUAAAUGUGGUUAAAGAGGUGGGUUUGUACGGGUUGAAUCAGUGGCAGGAGUUUGAUUCUCAGCAACAAAAGCGUUUUCUCCACGCGAAGAAAAAGGAAAAACCCUUCUAUACCCAAGCAUCGGAUCUUGGCAUUGAGAUCGGCCACAGACGACUCUUCGAUUUCUACAGAAAUUUCAGGCAUGGAGGAUUACGACGGGCCUUCGAAUUCAGGUGAAGAAGGCGUUAGUACCGAAUCGAGUACGGCAACUGUAGGUGCUAAGAAGCCUUCAUCAGCUACGAGGAAAAAAAAGAAAGUGAAACCCUCUCAAAUGGCGGGCCCUUUCACGUCUGCAGAUUCUUCAAAUGAAGCAGGUGGCAGUAAUGGCGGUCCUUCCAUAGAAGCUGUUUUGACUCAGAUGCUGGCUCUUCAGGAGAGUGUGAAAGAGCUUAUGACGAUUCAAAAGAAAAUGCAGAAGAAAAUGAUGUAUCUGGUGGCUGUUCCUGUUACCAAAGAAGGUACAAGAGUAGAGGCGGCCCUCAGCCAGAGCAUGGAGAAAGCUCUCAAGUCAAACUGUGAUGCUCUGUGGGGCCGCAUCCAAGAGGAGAACAAGAAACAGAAGUUAGAACGGGAUCGCAUACAGCAGAUAACGAGUUCAAUCUCGGGCUCUAUGAACACGAAGUGGCCAGCCAUGUUCAAGAAGACGUUGAAGAAAGAAAUAGCUGCAGUAGGACCAGCAGGAGCUCAAGCAAUUACCCCAAUUUUGGAGAAGACCGUAUCUUCAGCUAUUGCUGAUUCAUUUCAGAAAGGGGUUGGAAACAUGUCAGUGAAUCAGUUGGAGAAAUCAGUUUACUCGAAACUUGAAGCAACCAUGGCCAGACAAAUUCAAGCACAAUUCCAAACAUCUGGGAAGCAAGCUUUUCAGGAUGCACUGAGGGCUAGCUUGGAAUCUUCACUGAUUCCUGCAUUUGAGCAGGCAUGCAAAGCAAUGUUUGAGCAAGUUGAUGCUGCUAUUCAGAAGGGGAUGGUCAAACACACUAGUGCUGCACAACAGCAGUUUGAAUCCACACAUUCUCCAUUAGCACUUGCUUUGAGGGAUGCAAUGAGCUCUGCAUCAUCCAUCACCCAAACCUUAAGUGGUGAACUAGCUGAUGGCCAGCGUAACCUCUUAGCUUUCAUAGCGGGUGGAGCAAAUCCAAAAGUGAUGAAUCCCUCGGCUGCACAACAAUGCGAUGGACCUUUGAGUGGACUACAGGACAAGGUCGAGGCACCUUUGGAUCCAAAGAAAGAGCUGGAAAGACUGAUAUCUGAACAUAAGUAUGGGGAAGCAUUCACCUCAGCCCUUCAAAGAAGUGAUAUCAACAUUGUGUCCUGGUUAUGUUCUCAGGUUGAUUUGCAAGGGAUUCUAUCGGUUCUUCCUCUUCCUCUGAGUCAAGGAGUCCUGCUAUCCCUUCUCCACCAGCUAGCAUGCGAUAUUGGAAACGAGACCUCCCAGAAGCUAGAUUGGAUGAGAGACAUUCUUGUUGCUAUAGAUCCAGUGGACCCAACAAUUGUGACACACGGGCGGCCAGUAUUCGAACAGGUUUAUCAGAUACUGGAUCGCCAGCGGGUGCUCCCGACCACCACCACAGCCGGAACAAGCAGCAUCCGUCUUGUCAUGCAUGUAAUCAAUUCAGUAUUGAUGAGCUACAAAUGACUUCUCUCUUUCCCAUUUGUGCACAAACUGUUCACGACUUCUAGUUGUUGUGGAAGGCCGUAUUGAAAACUAAGAAGAGGGUGUGCAUGCCUAAAGGACAGGAGAGUUUGAUAAAAGCUGGGAGUCAUUUGAAAGCUUGUAAGUGGAAUGCAUUAGAAUCUAAUUUACAAUUACAAUGGAAUCCUCAGUUGUGUUUGGUAACUUGUAAUUGGAAUGCAUUGGAAUCCAAAAAUUGUGUUUGAA